AUGAGCAUCCCGUCAAGCCAAACAGCAGCCCUCAUUCCCCCAACCGGGGCCUCCCCUACCGCGCGCCUCCAAAUCCGACACGAUCACCCCGUGCCAUCGCCAACGGAGGGACAGAUUCUUGUGAAGCUGGAAUACUCGGGGGUUUGCCACUCAGAUGUGCACAGUGUGCGCGGGGAGACGCCCAUGUUAACCGACGUGGCGGGCCAUGAAGGCGUGGGGAAGGUGGUCAAAGUGGGUAGUGGGCUUGACGAGCAAGUCUGGUUAGGAAGGAGAGUAGGGAUACGCUGGCUGUACAGUACCUGCUUGAAAUGCGAGAUAUGCGCCAUCAAUAACACGGCGUGUCCAUACCAAAAGAACGCGGGAGCGAAUAUUCCGGGGACUUUUCAGCAAUACAUUGUCAGUCCUGCAAAUCAUGUCACCAUAAUCCCUCCGAACCUGGAGCCAGACGUCGCUGCGCCCCUUCUAUGUGCUGGGAUUGCCAUGUACUCUUCGAUAAUGAAGACGAAGACUCGACCGGGCGACUGGAUCGUGAUCCCCGGGGCAGGCGGCGGAUUAGGCCAUAUGGGCAUUCAAAUCGCCGUCAAAAAGGGCCUGAAAGUCAUCGCGAUCGAUAGCGGCGAAAAGAAAAAACAGCUCUGCCUCUCCCUCGGAGCCACCAGUUUCCUCGACUACAAGACUGACGACAUCGAGCACAGCGUCAAGGCCUUGACGUCAGGCCUAGGCGCGCACGCCGUGAUCUGCACCGCCAACAGCGAGCAGGCGUACGCCCAAAGUAUGAGCCUGCUUCGUAGGCUGGGGGUCUUGGUGUGCGUGGGUAUUCCGAACGCGCCGUUUCGACUCCCGGCGACCCCAUUUGAUAUGAUUGUUAAAGGGCUCACGAUUGUCGGCAACUCGGCUGGCACGGCGAAGGAAAUGGAUGAAUUGAUGGAGCUGGCUGUAGCGGGAGAUGUGAAGGCGCAUAUUGAGACAUAUGAGUUGGAUGACAUUGAUGAUGUCCUGGCUCGGCUGGGACGCUCGGAAAUCGAUGGGAGAGCUGUUAUGCGGAUUCCUUGA